CAGUCAGUUUUAGAACCGUACGUGUCCAGUGCAGUUCAUCAUCAUGGCGCAUAAGAUUUCUAUAAAGGUUAUGUUUCUUAUUGCGGAAUUAUUACUUUUGUGCAAUUUUUUAAAAACUUGUUCUGGCAUACAUCGUUUUCAUAUAGAUGAAGACGAGUAUCCUUCCUUGUUUAAAUGUUAUAACGGUAAACGCAUAAAGUCAAUAUUCAAAUGUGACAAAGAUAAUGAUUGUGGUGACAAUUCUGAUGAAAAUGACUGUUACUCUAAUCUACAGAUACAGAACAGAAAAUGCUCUAAAAAUGAUUUUCAAUGCACAAAUAAGAAUUGCAUAUCAAGAGAUAAAUUCUGCGACGGAUAUCAUGAUUGUACGGACAACAGCGAUGAAUACAAAGGUUGCGAAGAAGACUUAAAAUGCGAGGGUCAAUUCCGAUGUACCAAUGGAUAUUGUAUAUCGAAAGAAUGGGUUUGCGAUGGCAUAAAGGAUUGCCUCGAUGACAGUGACGAACUGAAUUGCAUCGCGAUAGGUUGCAAAACAGAAAAUCAUCGAUAUCAAUGUGCAAAUUUUAAAUGUAUUUCUCUUGAUCUAGUAUGCAAUAACAUAAUCGAUUGCACUGAUGGAUCGGACGAAGGUGGCGCUUGUAACAGUACAAUAUCAUGUUCAUCGACGGGAUGCAGUCACGAUUGUAUCGUUACACCUGACGGACCUGUUUGCAUUUGUCCACAAGGUUACAAAUUACAAGAUAAUCAUACCUGUAUAGAUAUUGAUGAGUGCGAAAUUGACCGGAUUUGUGAUCAACAAUGCUUGAAUACCGAAGGAUCAUACAAAUGUAUCUGUCAGACAGGUUACACGUUACAAGAUGACAUGAAAACUUGCAAAGCCGAUGGUGAUGAAGCUGUAGUAAUAUUCGGUGCACAACAAAGAAUUCGUGGUAUAUAUCUCGAUUCAAAAAUAAGCUUUAUCUUGGCGGAAAAUUUAAAUGAGGUUGCCAACUUGGUUGCUAUGGACAACGAAUACAUAUACUGGUCAGACGGAAAUAAAAAAAUCAUGAAAGGUACCAAAAACGGAAAAAGAGAAAUUAUCCUUACAACAGACACGGAAGAUAGCCAACAUAUCAUCAUAGUUGCGGAUGGUACAUUUGUAAAUUAUUACCAUAAUUGGUUUGGCAAGCCAAAAAUAGCAACCAGCGUUACCCUAUCAAACAUUACCGCGAUUACUUAUGAUUCACUGUCCGGUACUAUACUCGCAAGCAAUGCCCUUACGAAUAAUAUCUUCCGCUACGACCCGAUCAACAACAAAAUUAAGAAUCUCAUAGCCAUGAAGAUUGAAUCGUUGGGAGGAAUGGCGUUCGAUUAUGUUGGUAAUAAUUUGUAUUUGACAAAUAUAGAAGAAAACACUAUUGAGGUACAUAGCUUAACGACAAAGACGAAGAAGAUCUUUUAUUUCGAGGAUCAACCUUAUAAUAUCGCUUUGACACCUGAAGAAGGCAUAAUGUUCGUAGUGUUCAAAGUAAAGGAUAAAUAUCGUAUAGAUAAAAUGCAAAUGGAUGGAACGGGUAUGAAAUCGCUGUUUGUAGAGAGCAAGUUGCUAAAAGGUCCAAGGAUAUCAUUGUACUAUCAUACGGACGAAAAAAAAAUUUAUUGGGCUGAUCAGGGCACUUACAGUAUCCAAAGCGCCUUGUUGACAGUGAUUGACAUAGAGGGAAAUAGCAAGGAGGUGAAAGAUAGUUGCGAAGAAGAAGAGAGUGGUAGAGAAUUUGUUGGCCGGUCAGGUUUUGAAAACCAGGAGCAAUUGCCAGAUUGGAUUGAUCUCUUGUCCGAAACGUGCAAUGGCAUUAAAGAAUGUCCGAAUGGCGAAGACGAACCAAGUUACUGUAAGAAAAACAGAUCCGGCUCCGAAGGACACGAGCCACUCUCUCUCAUCGCUCGCCUCCCGCAUGAGACAUUUGUUCGAGCCUCUUGUUUCGCGAUUUUGACUAGUUCCGCAUAUUCCGCCUAUAGAGAGAGAAAAGGCCUUCUACGGGUUUCGCGACAUUUCAGUAUCGUCGCGACCAGGAGGACUACCCACACCGCGUACGUGCUGCGUUGGCAUCCCCGGGGCUUUGUGUUGAGGAAGCAGUUUGGGUAUUACUGUGACCUUGUAAAUACAGUUGUGUUGCAGACUGAAUCGCUGACCAGUCAGUUUUUGAAACGUACGUGUCCAGUGCAGUUCGUCAUCAUGACGCGUAAGAUUUGUUUUAUAAAGGUUAUGUUUCAUGUUGCGGGACUAUUACUUCUGUGUAAUUUUUUAAAAAUUUGUUCUGGUAGACGUAGUUAUCCUAUAAAUAAUAUAAAUAACAAGUAUUCUUCCCAAGACUUGUUUACAUGCUCUAACGGUAUACGCAUAAAAUCAAUAUUCAAAUGUGACACUGAUAAUGAUUGUGGUGACAACUCUGAUGAAAAUAACUGUAACUAUAAUGACAGAGCAUGCUCUAAAAAUAAUUUUCAAUGCACAAAUAGGAAUUGCAUAUCAAGAAAAAAAUUCUGCGACGGAUAUUAUGAUUGUACGGACAAAAGCGAUGAAUAUGACGGUUGCGAUGAAGACUUAAAAUGUAAGGAUCAAUUCCAAUGUACCAAUGGAUAUUGUAUGUCGAAAGAAUGGGUUUGCGAUGGCAUGAAGGAUUGCCUCGAUGGCAGUGACGAACUGAGUUGCAUCGCAAUAGGCUGCAAAACAGAAAAUCAUCGAUAUCAAUGUGCAAAUUUUAAAUGUAUUUCUCUUGAUCUAGUAUGCAAUAACAUAAUCGAUUGCACUGAUGGAUCGGACGAAGGUGGCGCUUGUAACAGUACAAUAUCAUGUUCAUCGGCGGGAUGCAGUCACGAUUGUAUCGUUACACCUGACGGACCUGUUUGCAUUUGUCCACAAGGUUACAAAUUACAAGAUAAUCAUACUUGUAUAGAUAUUAAGUGCGAACUUUACGGGGAUUGUGAUCAACAAUGCGUGAACAAUAAAGAGUCAUACAAGUGUACCUGUCAAGAUGGUUACACGUUGCAAGAUGACAUGAAAACUUGCAAGGCCGAUGGUGAUGAGGCUGUAAUAAUAUUCGGUGAACAACAAAAAAUUCGUGGUAUAUAUCUCGAUUCAAAAAUAAGCUUUAUCUUGGCGGAAAAUUUAAAUGAGGUUGCCAACUUGGUUGCUAUGGACAACGAAUACAUAUACUGGUCAGACGGAAAUAAAAAAAUCAUGAAAGGUACCAAAGACGGAAAAAGAGAAAUUAUCCUUACAACAGGUUUGUACGAACUGUCCGACAUAGCCGUGGAUUGGAUCACAGGUAAUAUAUAUUUCACUGAUAAGAGUAACAUGAAUAUCGGAGUAUGUGACAACAAUGGGACGUAUUGCACUAUAUUAAUCAAUGGAAAAACUAAAAAACCUACCGCGAUUGCCUUAUUACCGACCAAUGGAAUAAUGUAUUGGUGCGAUUCGAGCCAUAAGCAGUACAUAGCAAUGGCAGGAAUGGAUGGCAACGAUAUGACUUUAUUCGUCACUAAAAGGAUAAAAUAUCCAAAGAGUUUAACCAUCGACUAUCCAAACAAUCGAUUGUAUUGGAUGGAUAAUGGUUUAAUGACAAUUGAAUCUAUACGAUUAGACGGCACCGAUCGAAAGAUUGUAACGCGCGAAAUAAACUCUCAAGUAAUUUCCCUGGAAAUUUUCGAAAAUAAAAUAUACUGGAAUUUAAAAACAAACCAGAAUAUACGAUACUGCAAUGCAUCUUCCAAAUGUAAUCCGGAAAUUUUGAGAGCGAAUCCUGAUUAUAGUGCAAUGCAGGAUAUACAAAUCUAUCAUCCCAUAAUGAAACCAAAAGUUCAAAAUGCUUGUUUUUUGAAGCCAUGCUCGCAACUUUGUUUGUUAAAUAAAAAUAAAAACUAUACAUGUGCAUGUACUUUGGACAAGAAAUUGAACUCCGACGGGCAUACGUGUCGAGACACGGAAAAUAGCCAACAUAUCAUUAUAGUUGCGGAUGGUACAUUUGUGAAUUAUUACCAUAAUUUGUUUGGCAAGCCAAAAAUAGCAAGCAGCGUUAACUUAAAAUACAUUACCGCGAUUACUUAUGAUUCGCUGUCCGGUACUAUACUCGCAAGCAAUGCCCUUGCUGAUAAUAUCUUUCGCUACGACCCGAUCAACGACAAAAUUAAGAAUCUUAUAGCCAUGAAGAUUGAAUCAUUGGGAGGAAUGGCGUUUGAUUAUGUUGGUAAUAAUUUGUAUUUGACAAAUAUAGAAGAAAAAACUAUUGAAGUGCAUAGCUUAACGACAAAGGCGAAGAAAAUUUUUUAUUUCGAGGAACAACCUUAUAACAUCGCAUUGGCACCUGAAGAAGGCAUAAUGUUCGUAGUGUUCAAAGUAAAGGAUAAAUAUCGUAUAGAUAAAAUGCAAAUGGAUGGAACGGGUAUGAAAUCGCUGUUUGUAGAGAGCAAGUUGCUAAAAGGUCCAAGGAUAUCAUUGUACUAUCAUACGGACGAAAAAAAAAUUUAUUGGGCUGAUCAGGGCACUUACAGUAUCCAAAGCGCCUUGUUGACAGGUUUUGAUUAUCAGAUCCUCCGCACCAGCUUGAACGAACCUAUGAGCCUUACCAUUGCAGGAGAAUAUAUUUUCUGGACACAACGCCGUUUGACUAAACUAUUUUGGGCGAACAAAAACAAUAUUGAGAAAAAAUAUUGGGAGAAAAACUUCGCAGAAGUUUACAAAGAAACAGAAAUUUCUCAUUUGAUAACGGCACACAGAAAUAUAGACGGCUAUCGUAUAAACUGUGGAAACUGUUCACACGUGUGCUUACCUUCGUCUGCAAAUUCAUACCUCUGCGCUUGCCCACCUGAGAUGACGUUAAGCGCGGACAACCACACAUGCAUUUUGCAGUACACAUGCUCCUCCGGCGAAAUUAAAUGCAGUGAACAUGACAUCUGCAUAAAGUGGUACCAGUGGUGCAAUGGCAUUAAAGAAUGUCCGAAUGGCGAAGACGAAUCAAGUUAUUGUAAGAAAAACUGUCAGAUGUUGAAUGACGAUAAAUCGAUGAAACCGGUUGAAAUCUGCGCUAUGAAUUACACUAUGCAUUAUCAGUUUUCGAAACGUACAUGUCCAGUGCAGUUCGUCAUCAUGACGCAUAAAAUUUGUUUUGUAAAGGUUAUGUUUCAUAUUGCGGGACUAUUACUUCUGUGUAAUUUUUUAAAAAUUUGUUCUGGCAGACGUAGUCAUCCUAUAAAUAACACCUUUACAUGCAAUAACGGUAAUCGCAUAAAAUCAAUAUUCAAAUGUGACAAUGAUAAUGAUUGUGGUGACAACUCUGAUGAAAAUGACUGUUACUCUUAUCCGCCUAAAAAAUCAUGCUCUAAAAAUUAUUUUCAAUGCACAAAUAAGAAUUGCAUACCAAAAGAUGGAUUCUGCGACGGAUAUUAUGAUUGUAUGGACAAAAGCGAUGAAUACAAAGGUUGCGAAAAAGACUUAAAAUGCGAGGGUCAAUUCCGAUGUACUAAUGGAUAUUGUAUAUCGAAAGAAUGGGUUUGCGAUGGCAUGAAGGAUUGCCUCGAUGGCAGCGACGAACUGAAUUGCAUCGCAAUAGGCUGCAAAACAGAAAAUUAUCGAUAUCAAUGUGCAAAUUUGAAAUGUAUUUCUCUUAAUCUGGUAUGCAAUAACAUAUUCGAUUGCACUGAUAGAUCGGACGAAGGUUUCGCUUGUAAUAAUACAAUAUCAUGUUCAUUGGCGGGAUGCAGUCACGAUUGUAUCGUUACACCUGACGCACCUGUUUGCAUUUGUCCACAAGGUUACAAAUUACAAGAUAAUCAUACCUGUACAGAUAUUGAUGAGUGCGAAAUUGACGAGAUUUGUGAUCAACAAUGCUUGAAUACCGAAGGAUCAUACAAAUGUAUCUGUCAGACAGGUUAUACGUUGCAAGAUGACAUGAAAACUUGCAAAGCCGAUGGUGAUGAGGCCGUAAUGAUAUUCAGUGAAGGACAAAAAAUUCGUGGUAUAUAUCUCGAUUCGCAAACGAACUUUAUCGUAGCGGAAGAUUUAAAUCAGAUCAAUCAGGUUGCUAUGGACAACGAAUAUAUAUACUGGUCAACCAAGGAUAAAAAAAUAAUGAAAGCUACCAAAAACGGAAAAAGAGAAUAUAUCCUUAUAACAGGUUUGGACGAAGUGUCGGACAUAGCCGUGGAUUGGAUCACAGGCAAUAUAUAUUUCACGGAUAAGGGUAAUAUGAAUAUUGGAGUAUGUGACAACAAUGGGACGUAUUGCACUAUAUUAAUCAAUGGAAAAACUAAAAAACCUACCGCGAUUGCCUUAUUACCGACCAAUGGAAUAAUGUAUUGGUGCGAUUCGAGCCAUAAGCAGUACAUAGCAAUGGCAGGAAUGGAUGGCAACGAUAUUACUUUAUUAAUCACUAAAAAGUUAAAAUAUCCAAAGAGUUUAACCAUCGACUAUCCAAACAAUCGAUUGUAUUGGAUGGAUAUUGGUUUAAUGACAAUUGAAUCUAUACGAUUAGACGGCACCGAUCGAAAGAUUAUAUCGCGCGAAAUAAACUCUCAAGCAAUGUCCCUGGCAAUUUUCGAAAACAAGAUAUACUGGAAUGUAAAAAUUAAUUAUCAUUCGUAUUCCGAUUUUGAUAAAACCCAGAAAAUACAAUACUGCAAUGCAUUUUCCAGAUGUAAUCAGGAAAUUUUAGAUACGAAUCGUGAUUACGAUGCAAGCAACGACAUACAAAUCUACCAUCCCACAAUGAAAUCUAAAGUUCAAAACAAUUGUUUUUUGAAUCCAUGCUCGCAACUCUGUUUGUUAAAUAAAAAUAAAAACUAUACAUGUGCAUGUACUCUGGACAAAAAAUUGAACUCCGAUGGACAUACUUGUCAAGACACAGAAGACAGCCAACAUAUUAUCAUAGUUGCGGAUGGUACAAUCGUAAAUUAUUACCAUAAUUUGUUAGGCAAGCCAAAAAUAACAAGCAGCGUUAUCUUUAGAAACAUUACCGCGAUUACUUAUGAUUCGCUGUCCGGUACUAUACUCGCAAGCAAUGCCUUUACGGAUGAUAUUUUUCGCUACGACCCGAUUAGCGGCGAAAUUGAGAACCUCAUAGCCAUGAAUAUUAAAUCAUUAGGAGGAAUGGCAUUUGAUUAUAUUGGUAAUAAUUUGUAUUUGACAAAUAUAGAAGAAAAAACUGUUGAGGUACAUAGCUUAACGACAAAGACGAAGAAGAUCUUUUAUUUCGAGGAACAAUCGAAAACACCUUAUAACAUCGCUUUGGCUCCUGAAGAAGGCAUAAUGUUCGUAGUGUUCAAAGUAAAGGAUAAAUAUCGUAUAGAUAAAAUGCAAAUGGAU